UCACAAAGUGGCAGUUACAUCUUAGAAAUAAAAGCAAAUCUUGAAAGCCAUGCACCCAUGCAUGCAUGCACCAAAACGUCAUGGGCACCAUGUUCGAUUGUCGGUCAGUUUCGCUUUCUUCCGUAGCGUUGGUAGCGUUUAAAAAAUGGCGGCGACAACUGGCGCGGAAGCGACGCUCGCUACGAAGCGAGUUGCCGGCGAUCGAGAAAACGGCGACGAUGCGAAAAAGGCGAAGCUCGACAACGCAGCAGCUGCGUUCCAGCACAUUUCGUCUUUCAGUGAUUUCAAACCGCGCCGCGUAUUGAGCGAAGACGCACGGACGAAGUUCAUGGCCGUUGAAGGCACGUUCGGUGACUUGUCCGAUACCGCUGCCGUCGUCGUCGUCGAAAAGACUCCUUUCAGCCGAGAAAAUUACGAACUCGUCUUCACCGCCGACACGAAGCUGGAAGAGACCUUUCACAACGACAUCUACUCAUCGUACGGAGGCAAAGUGACCGCAGCAUUGAACGGACUCACAGCCACUGUCAUAUUUCCGGCGUCUCAGAAGCACGUGGACAAGUACCUCUUCAAGCCGCAGCACAUGAUCACCGAGACUCCUAAACUGUACAAAGAAGUGACAGAACCGUACAUAGCUUCGCAACAGCUGUCUUUGCAGUGGGUCUACAACAUCCUCGAGCACAAGAAGGAGUCCGAGCGGAUUCUGUUCGAGGACCCGAACCCGGAAACUGGUUUCAUCUUACUUCCGGACAUGAAGUGGGACACCAAGCAGCCAGAGAACCUCUACGUGCUCGCGAUCUGCCACAAGCACGGCAUCAGGUCGCUCAGGGACCUGUCACCCGACCACUUGCCACUGCUGCGCAACAUUAACGAGAAAGUCAGCGCGGCGUUGGCGCUGCAGUUUGGCGUGCCUUCGCACCGGUUGCGUGGCUACCUACACUACCAGCCCUCGUACUACCACCUGCAUGUGCACUUCUCGGUGCUGGGCUUCGAUGCACCGGGCACGCAGGUCGAGAGGGCGCACUUGCUCGCCACGGUCAUUGCGAACCUAGAGACGUGCCCGGACUACUACCAGCAUGCCACGCUGGGCUUCACUGUCAAGGAGGGCGACGGGCUGCACGCCAAGUACAAGGAGGCUGGCUACUUCGAUUAGGCGACUCCCAGACAGAGAUGCCUUUAUAUUUCCUUCUUUGAACAGAACACGAUGGUUCACAACAACGCCUCUCGUGCAUCUUUAUUCGAGGAUGAUAUCACUGGCACAAGCACUUUGGACUUACCUCCCAUGAGCCUUCUGUCCAUCGAAAGACUAAAGACUGUUGUGGAGCAUAGGUGCGUUCUCCGUUGCAGUUGUCACCGUGGCAGUCGCGCCAAGUGCUGUAGAUGCUGUGCUCAGCGGAUGGGUGGCGUUGAGAUAGGAUAUUGUGUGCUCUUGAUAGUACGUUGGGAAAAUAUUCUUGGGGAGCUGUGUCGUGUUCGGCUCAGCAUUUAUAUUUGCAUUGAUUGUUCCAGUCAGAUGUAAUGAGGGGGAUGGAAUAUGGAAGUAAAACCGCCGCAGGUGUAAUCUUUAAUUGGUCUUCAUGUUUCUAAGAAGCAUAUAACAUGAAAUUUGUUGUGUGCAUGGCGUCCUGUUGCUUCAGGCAGGUGAAUGUGUUGGUAAGCUGCCUUGAAGCACAUCUGAGUUAUUUCGAAGCUAUCUUCCUCUGGGUUUAUUCAAGUGACAGCUAUAUAUUUUGACAAUAAACUUUCCCUUUCGUUCGGUGA